UAUAACAUUUGUGACCCCGUUCUAGAAGAUAUUGAUGUUUCAAAAGCAAGCAAAAAGACAAGCAAUAUUUAUUUUUUGAAGAGUUCACAUCAUAAAACACUUGAAAAAUGAGAGAAGUUAUAUCUAUUCACGUAGGAUAAGGAGGUAUUUAAGUAGGAAAUGCAUGUUGGGAAUUAUUUUGUCUAGAACAUGGAAUUCAACCAGACGGCCAAAUGCCAUCAGAUAAAACAAUAGGAGGGGGAGAUGAUGCUUUCAACACAUUUUUUUCAGAAACAGGUGCAGGAAAGCAUGUUCCACGAUCUGUAUUUUUGGAUUUAGAACCAACAGUUAUUGAUGAAGUAAGAACAGGAACUUAUAGAUAAUUAUUUCACCCAGAGUAAUUAAUCUCAGGAAAAGAAGAUGCUGCCAAUAAUUUUGCAAGAGGACACUAUACAAUUGGAAAAGAAAUAGUUGAUUUGUGUUUGGAUAGGAUAAGAAAAUUGGCUGAUAAUUGCACUGGUCUUUAAGGAUUCUUAGUGUUCCAUACAGUAGGUGGAGGAACAGGGUCUGGGCUUGGAUCAUUAUUACUAGAAAGACUAUCAGUUGAUUAUGGCAAAAAAUCAAAAUUAGGAUUUACAAUUUAUCCUUCACCUUAGAUAUCCACAGCCGUUGUAGAACCAUACAAUUCAAUUUUAUCCACUCAUUCUUUAUUAGAGCAUACAGAUGUUUGCGUUAUGUUAGAUAAUGAAGCAAUCUAUGAUAUAUGUAGAAGAAAUUUAGAUAUUGAAAGACCAACAUAUACAAAUUUAAAUAGAUUGAUUGCUUAAGUUAUUUCAUCUUUGACAGCAUCUUUAAGAUUUGAUGGUGCUUUGAAUGUGGAUAUUACAGAAUUUUAAACAAAUUUAGUCCCAUACCCUAGAAUUCAUUUUAUGCUUUGUUCUUAUGCACCUAUCAUUUCUGCUGAAAAAGCAUAUCAUGAAUAAUUAUCAGUAGCUGAAAUAACAAAUUCAGCAUUUGAACCAGCAAAUAUGAUGGCUAAAUGUGAUCCUAGACAUGGUAAAUAUAUGGCUUGUUCAAUGCUUUAUAGAGGAGACGUUGUUCCUAAGGAUGUAAAUGCAGCCAUAGCAACUAUUAAAACAAAAAGAACAAUUUAAUUUGUUGAUUGGUGUCCAACAGGGUUUAAAGUUGGAAUUAAUUAUUAACCACCAACAGUUGUACCAGGAGGGGACUUAGCAAAGGUUAUGAGAGCAGUUUGCAUGAUCUCUAAUUCUACUGCUAUUGCUGAAGUGUUUUCUAGAUUAGAUCAUAAAUUUGAUCUUAUGUAUGCUAAGAGAGCAUUUGUUCAUUGGUAUGUUGGAGAAGGAAUGGAAGAGGGAGAGUUUUCAGAAGCCAGAGAAGAUUUAGCAGCACUUGAAAAAGACUAUGAAGAAGUAGGAAUUGAAACUGCAGAAGGAGAAGGUGAAGAAGGAGAAGCAUGAUA